AUGUUCUUUUCGCGUUGCUUUUCAUCUUCGUGGCUUUCGCUCCUUCUUUGGUUGACAACGGCUCUCGCCCAACAAGGGCACAACAAACUGCAACUGCGAGAACCCUCGUUCAGAAUAUCGCAGACUGGGAAGGCCUCUAUAGCCAAAUCAGCACUCGACUUGCUUGUAGAUGGCUUGAAUUCUUCAUCGGGUAUCGUCACAGAUCCGAGUCCAGGUCUUGACAUACCUCAAUCUGCGACCUUUAUCCAGACCCUGAGUCGAUAUGACCAGCUUACUGUUCUCCCCAGUACGCCCGACCGUCCACCUCUUGAGAACUCGUCAUCUGAUAUUGACCCGCCCUUUCAGAUAACGCUACACAGUGAUACCGCACGUUGGGGUCUCGCGGCCUACUAUGCGUCAACUGUGUAUGACGGCCAGACUCAAAUAUCAUUUUUGGAAGGCGCCAAAGCCGCUUGGGAUCUACUGCAGCCGUUCCAACUCUCCCCCGACAUCGCCUCGAGCGGGCAUCUGUCAUCGAUAGAUGCGACGUUCGAGCCUGAGUGCAAUGGAGCGUCAGUUCAGGGUGCAGUGCUUUGGCUGGAGGCGGGAAACGUGCUAACGAAUACGGAAACGAUGGGACCAUACAUCGCACUUUCGUCAUAUCUCUACAAUGCGACACACAACGAGACUUACUCGCACGCUGCGAACCUUGCCAUCGGGUUUAUGAAGACCUUCCUUUCCGACGGCAAGACUCCUACCCACGACAGCAUCUAUCUCAACAACUGUACAAUGGGGGUUCCCAAUAACUUCACGUAUAACUCGGGGUACUUUGUCGAAGGCUUGGCUGCAUAUACGGCGAUGACUGGAGACGAUUCGCAACAGGACUAUCUCAACUCCUUCGUGCAGUCACUAUUGCUGGUACCAGAAUGGUAUCGCUCGGAGGACUAUGUGAUGAAAGGAGGAACGUUCAGCAACACAGACUACGCCCUCAUUGAUAGCAUGCAACCGGACGAGCAGACUCUGGCAAACUCGAGGCUGACCAGUGAUUGGAAAUCGAUCUAUCUGAGUGGCUUGUAUACCUGUCUCAGGUUUGGACUGCUCGAGCCAAAGCUGGCACAAUGGGUUAGUGCCCUCAUCGCCGUUCAGUAUAAUGCAAUCCGCGAGCUCGCGAACAGUACUGUCAGUGGGCAAAUCGCAUACAGUCCAAGUUGGACAAGCCAACCCCUGCAAGUUCUCACUGCAUGGGGUCAACUCGCAGCUGCCGAGGUCCUCACAACGGCCUUGAACGUGACGACCGAUCGCGACACCACCACCGAUACUAGUUGGAUGUAUCCUCCUGGGAGCUCCAAUCCAACAUCCUCAUUCGAUCCUUGGUCGGGAUCAGCGCCUACUGGAGGACCGCCGCCGCCGGGUGUUGGCGCCGUAAGAUCAUCAGGUUCUCCCGUCGGCGCUGUGGUCGGAGGCCUAAUCGGCGGGCUGGGCGGCUUGGCUCUUGUCGCACUCAUCGUGCUAUUCUUCCUCAAACGCCGCCGCAAUGCUCGUUCAGGCAAAGUCAUGGUGAACCCCUUCUCCUCGACGGACUCUACACAUACGAACAGCACGAUCGAGCCGUUCUUGCUCCCGGGCCCAACAGUUUCAAGAACACCUGCAACACAACAAGUCCUCGGUACCGACGGCCGUGUGACGAAACUCCAAGCACAAAGAUACGGUCCCACACCAAGCGAAGGCGGAUGGUCCGCACGACCACCCGGCUCGUACGCGCCCGACCCCGCAUACGCUGAUCCGGAAGACGGCGCCGGGCCCUCUGGAGCACCGCGAGGGACACUGGACGAGCAGAGGAUACACACUUUGUUAACGCGCUUGACGAAUGUGUUGGCGCAAGUCGGAAGGUUGGAGGAGCGCCGGACGACGAGAGAUAGUGGGCGGCGCACCCGUAAUACGGCCCGAAGUCCGGCGCCGUUUACACCGGCUGAUGAGGAGAAGGGAUACGGCUGGGGUUGA